CACCACGACAUUGUUUGCCAGCCGCCAAUGAAACUCCUAGAGGAAGAAGAAGAAGAAGAAAAAGGAAAAAGAAGCACCUGUAGCUAAUGGGGAAGAAAGAUGAGGAGGAUGAGUAAGAGGAUGAGGAUGAGGAGAGGAGGAAUAGAACCUGCGGUAAGCGCAGGCUAACAACGGGCUGGCUCAUCACUCUACGAAGUUCCCCUUGAUAACAAAAAAGGAUGCCACUGUUUUAGGAUUCCUCUCAAUGAAUUCGUCACAGUGGAGUAAACAAUUUUGCAAUGGCACUGUUUGAAGGGUGCUGGUGAAUGCAAGGGUGAUGCCAGGAGAGCUUGAAAGACGGCCAGCCGCACUCCGUCCAGCAGCAUCGGUCCGCAACCCUUCAUCCUUGUCCCAGCUACCUCAGGUCGGAAGGUCCCUACUUCUUCUUUUACUUCUCCUGCUGUGACAUUGUUUCGGUUGGAGAAAUUUUGCAGGUGAGGGAGAGACAGAAAGGGAAGCUGCAGUGUGUCCGGACAGUGUCACUCCUGUCUUUUUUGGAGACUUGGUAUUAGGGCGUUUUUCAUCCAACUGAACUGGAUCAAGCUUCUGAUCUGCAGGACUGGGCACCUUAAGAGGACUAAAUGUGAUUUUUUUACAUUUUAUUUUGAGAAGGGGGUCUGGUUUCACAAUGUGGCGAAUGGUUCUGUUGCUGAACCCUCUAGCACAGGAUUGAAUCAAACUUCCAAGGACCCCCAAGAGGAGGGUAAGAGUACACUUGGACUGGGACAGAGACAUCAGGGGACAGUGACUUCAUUUCACUGGUUUUGGGUUGAUUACAACAUGUCUUGAGGAACAGUGACGUACCAAGGCUUCACCUGAACCCGACUCUCAACCAGAAAACAAACAGACAUUUAAAGGCAAAUGCUUAUCAAUCCUUAAAGGGUGAGAGUUGCCUGUUUUGGGUGGGCCUUUGAGGGAUCCACCCCGCUUCCCCACACCUCCUUCUCCUCCCUGUCUUUCUGCCUUUCUCCCUGCUGCUCCGGUCCGUCCUCAGAAGUCCCCUCCUCCGCUCUGCACCCCUCCCUCAGCGGUGCUCCGUCGCCCUGGGUGAGCGGGAAGGGGGGUGGCCCACGGUACCCCCCGACACCUGGGCGCCACCGAGCCGCCAGAGGCUGGUGAGGCUGCGGAAGGGUCAGCCCUGGGAAGAUGGCCGCUCUUGCCAGCUCCCUAAUUCGCCAGCGCAGGGAGGUCAAGGACCCCCAGGCAAACCGGCAGAUCGCCAGCAAGCGCAAGCCCUGCCCGAAGAGCAACAAGUCGCUCUGCCAGAAGCAAAUCCUCAUAUUAAUAUCCAAGGUUCGACUAUGUGGCAGUCGAGGGAGAAAAAUGGAAAAAAGACCAGAGCCCCAGCUGAAGGGCAUCGUCACGCGGCUCUACUGCAGACACGGCUUCUACCUCCAGAUGCUUCCGGAUGGCACCAUGGAAGGCACAAAGGACGAAAGCAGCUCCUUCUUGCAGUUCAACUUGAUUCCUGUGGGGCUCAGGAUAGUGGCCAUCCAGAGCACCAAGACAGGGCUCUAUGUUGCCAUGAACAGCGAGGGCUACCUCUACACUUCGGAACACUUCACGCCGGAGUGCAAGUUUAAGGAGUCUGUGUUCGAGAACUACUACGUGACCUACUCGUCCAUCCUGUACAGACAGACCCAGUCGGGCCGGGCGUGGUACAUCGGCAUCAACCGGGACGGACAGGUCAUGAAGGGGAACCGUGUCAAGAAGACCAAGGGGGCCGCACACUUUCUGCCCAAACUCAUUGAAGUGGCCAUGUACAGGGAGCCCUCUCUACACGACGUCGCCGAGCAGAGUCCGCCCAGGAAAACACCCAAGACCUCCAGUGACUCGCCCGUGCACCAGAACGGCAAGAAGGAUGUUCAAUCCAAAACCAAGACCACCUCCUCCUCCUAGCGCUCAGAGACAUGGGAGGUGGCAGUGGUGGUGGUGGUGGGGGCCAGGGCACGGAGUACACGGCACUGGGCACCAGCGGAAACCUGAAUUUGGGUUGUUAGGGCAACCCCGUCCCUGCAGUCCCCCACCCUUUCCCUGCUGCCUGCAACACUAACCCCAACUCUGCCCAACACAAUGCACC